ACAGGGCGCUGCAGGACAUCACUGCUCCAGGUCACCGACACAUUCAAACAAAAUAUUAUAAAGACUCGGGGCUGCUGUGAUGGAGGACGAGCCGCGAGCAGAUGAGACACCGGAGUCUGUGCAGUUUAGUAACAUUGUGUACUGAGGCAGAUGGUGAAAGACUCCUCGCCUAUGUCCCUCUCAUCUAACAGAAGGCCGUCUGCAGCACCUCGCAGACGGCCUGCUGGUACAGCCAGUAGCAGACAGCCACACACACAUCUGGAUUCUACCAUUACCAGCACUUGCUCAGCAUCGUCCUGCAAAGGCACAGAAAUCAAUAGCAAACCACGAUCACACCCAGCUACACCUCGACGGCAGGCGAAGUACGGAGGCUGUAGUGAGAAUCACGGGAUCCGUCCUCCUGCUCCCGAGCAGUAUCUCACCCCGCUGCAGCAGAAGGAAGUGUGUAUCCGUCACUUACGUGCCCGGCUGAAGGAGAAUGUUGAGAGAUUGCAGGACAGGGACUCGGAGAUCGGGGAGUUGCGCAUGCAGUUGACCCGCAUGCAGGAGGACUGGAUCGAGGAGGAGUGUCAUCGCAUUGAGGCCCAGCUGGCACUAAAAGAAGCUCGACAAGAAAUCCGGCAUCUCCAGCAGGCCGUGGAAGCUGCCCGAACCAACCCGGGCCACCAUGACUCGGACGUACAGGACUGUAAGUCCGAUGGAGCGAGGGGAGUCAAACUGGAGUCAAGACAUGGAACCUCGAGGUCAUGUGGCUGCUCUCCAGCUCACACCAUUGGUCGCAGUGCCACCUUUACUAGGCUGAGCACUGAGACAUUGCCUGGCAUCGACCGCAAUGGAAAUGUUACGUCCGAGCACCGCGUUCACCCCAUUCCCGCCAAUCGAGGAGCUGCGACUUUACCAAGAGGUGACGGACGCUCUCGACUCAUCCUGGAAGCAGCCCAUCUAUCCGAGCAGGCCCCUCCUACGAUGCUGUGUUCCAGCCUUUCACGCUCGGCUACCCAUGAGAAACUGUGUAGUGGGGCUGUAGGUCGACCCUGCCGUAUGGUGAACAACAACUGCAGCUGUGCACUGCAUGCCUGCCUCCCUCAUCAUCAUCUUUUCUUACAUCUCCCCCAGCAGGAAGCUCCACCUCCUCCACCUCCUACACCACCAUCAGCACCGCCCAGUGCAUCUGAUGUAAGCGAUAAGCCUGGAUUCAGAUCGCAAGCCUGCAGCCCGACUAUCACCUGGAUUUCACCGGAGGAAGAGGAGGAAGAAGGUGAAGAACUGAGCGUCAUCACCUUGGCCACAACAGCGCCGGACAUCACUCUUGCGGAACCGCAAACGGUUUCAGUGUCUUCCUCCACCAAACUGUCCACACAAAAAUCUUACCUCGCUGAACCUUUACCGAAAGACAACCUUGCCCAGUCAAAAACAGCUCCACAACUGGUGUUGACUAUGCCACAAAUCCAGCAACCUAGUCUUCGGGCACCUCCAACACCUGAACAGCCACCACAGAUCAAAGAAAAUGAUGGAGCUAUUGAGGAAGAUGAGGCACAAGAACAAGAUCCUUCUAACUGUCACUGGAGCCGCUACUUCCUUGUUGAUCUUCUAGCCGUGACCAUUCCGAUUGCACCUACGUUGGCAUGGCUUUGUCGAGGAGGGCAGCAUGAGAUCAUGCCAGCGUACCACAUGGGCUCCCUGCUACGUGGUUGUUGUGCAGUGGCACUUCAUUCACUAAGACGUGUUGGCAGCACCCGUAGCCGAGGGCCGUCUGGAACAGGGGGCGCGACGGCAAUCUGAAUAUCUGCCCAAGACUGGUGUGUUCCUUUUACACUUACAUCAUAUAUCAUGUUUGCUAGACAUGCUAAUGGGUAAAAAGUAACAACAUAUGGUUCCAUCAGGUUUUAUUUAUGGAAGGAGAAAUGUCUUACUACAAUCUGAAUUUGUUUUUUUCCGCCCUCCUUUUGUUUCCCUAAUGUGGCCAGUUCCCAUGCAACAGUCAGUUCUCCACUCCACACACAAAAAAUACCAAUUGGGCACCAACUACCAACUCUUUUCAAAUUGCUAAUAUAAUGAUGUGUUACAUGACCGUGUAACUCACUUUAAGAAAUCAGUAUCCAACCUCUUCCACAGUUGAGUUCACAGCUAGCUAGAAUUGGCUGGUGUAUUAAAAGUAUGCUGUCCAGCCCAUCCAGAGACACCCAGCCACAGAUGACUCUUGCAUCUUUAGGAAUUGAAGGAUAGGGUACAAAAAAAUAAGUUGCUAAAUUCAGUAACUAUCACAUUUUAAUUUAAAUUUAGUUCAAAAUUAGAAAUGUUGGAAAUUUCUAUCUCAAUUUGAAAUUUAGAGUUGCGCUAUUGCCUCGGGCCUACAGGGUUGGGGUUCCAUUCUUGCCCCUACUCAACAUACAGUACAGUAUGUGGGGUUCACAUGCUCUUCCCAUGAGGUGGGUUUUCUCCAGGUACUCCAGGAUUUUCCAGAGGCAUGCAGAGUACAUUAACUGGUGCUUGUGUGUGCAAUGGUGCACUGUGAUGGUUGGCACCCCAUUCAUGGUGCACACCAACAACUGAAUUUAAAUUCAGUUAAAUUUUCCAUGCCUAAAAUCAAACAGAAACCUUAUACACAAAUUCAUGUAAUGAAAAAUGUAGUUUGAUCUAAUUCAACUACAAAACCUUUCUACAGUUUCCCGUGAAGCUAUGUGCAUAUUUCAAAUUCAGAUUGUAGCAGCACAUAUCUAAACCCAUAUUAUCCAUUUUAAUUUCACUGACAUGGCCUUUGCUUAUUUCAGGACUCAUGCUCUUUUGCUGAUUUCCACCAAUUGUCACGUUUCCUUCUUUGCACUCAGUGGUUUCUCUCCUCCUCUCUACUCCGCUCUGAUUGUUCCUGUUCCAGCCUUCAAAAAGAAAACACAGAUCCAAAAUGGCAGGUCUCUGCCAAAGAACACUGGGAUAUUAACAGUACCUCAUCUUUAAUGUUUAGAUAUGAAACAAUGCUCCUUAAACGCAGCGUGUAUCAGGUUACUAUUUGUUGGAUAGUUUUCGCCAGCGCUUGCAUCAAGACUAGUCCUUAUUCAUAUGAGCGUGUUCAUCCAAGCCUGAAACCCAAUACCACUGUUUGGAUUCAAGAGGAUAAUAAAGAGUGGAUCUUGUGCAAGUAAGCGCUUGGCUGAAAGAAUGUCUUACGGGUUUAAAGAAUGUAGCGUGCUCUUAUAUGCUUAAGAAAGCUUUUAUUUUUUUAUUUGUAUUAUACGAUGCAGUCUCAGGCUGAAUUCUUGUUAUAGAUACACUGAUACUACAUUUAAUUACAUUUAAAAAAAAGAAAAGAAAAAAAAAAGAGCCCAGCAAAGGGUUGGCUUGCUUUUAACAGUUUAUUGCAAUAUAGUUACAGUUUGGAAGUACAUCUGCUUUAUUAUACAGCUGAUCUCAACUCAGCACAUAUAGUAGAUCUGGGUGUAGUAGUUAAUUACAAUUUUUCCCCUCUUUGCCAGUUUUCUCCAUCUUAAAUUUCCUGUAAAAGCUUUAUUCUCAGUUUAGCACUUUAUAGCAGAGCAUUAACUGCAAUUCAGGGUUGUGUUGCAUGCGGUCAGGUAAAUAAAACGUUAUCUAUAUGAAAUUAUGCAUCUUAGCAAUUUAGAACUGUGCUAUAGCAAAGCUAUGCACUUCAAUAAUGAAUUCCAAUCAGGGACAUUGGCAAACAACAGAAGCGCUCAAUGAAGUCCGGUUAUGGACUGGCUCACAUUUUCCACAAGACUAACGAGCCCCAUUCAUUUUAAUAAAAGCAACAGCAUUAGCAAUAGAGGUUCCUGUACCCAGAGUGGAACAUCCACCAUAAUUGUAGACAUUAUCAAGUAUGCAGCCUUCAAAGGGUUUUUUUUCUUUUAAUGGGGAAAAAAAGGCUGAAUUCUGUUCUG